GAGACAAGCUCCAUAAUGGCGGUGGCGGAGGCGGCGACGGUCGGAAAGUACGAGGUUGUUCCGUUCAAGGAGAGCGUGGCGUUGGCCGUAGAGUCGAAGGAGCCAUAUUUGGACUUCAAGAAGUCGAUGGAGGAGAUGGUGGAGGCUCUUGAAUUGAAGGAUUGGAAGGCCAUGGAGGCCCUCUUUGCUUGGUAUUUGAAUGCUAAUGGACAAUCCAAUCAUCACUUCAUUAUUGCUGCCUUUGUCGAUUUAUUGCUUCCUCCUCAUCAUAAUCUUCCUUAUAAUUAUAUUUCUUCCUAUUCCAACUCCAAUUCUUCUUGUUCUUGUUGUUUUUUUAAUAAUUCUUCUUCUUCUUCUUCUUCGUUUUCUUCUUCUGAUUCUUGUUGCUCUUCUUUUGGCAUUAAUGCCACACCGCCACCAUCAUCUUGUUGUAUAAUUAUGGAGGAUAUUGAGUGUUCUUCUUCUUCAAUUGCUCCUUGUCUCUCUUCUUUGUUUGAAGAUGAUGAGGAGGAGGAGGAGCAAGAGGAGGAUCUUCAACAACAACAUUUUUAAUUUAACCCCAUUUUAAUUAGUGUUUAAUCAUAUU